AUGACGAAUUACCCUCGAUGUCGAAAUGAUGUUCAGGUAAAUGCCGAGAAGCUACCAUUUAGGAAUUAAGUAGAGAUUAUAUUCCACCCUAGUCGGUAUUUUACCUGUAUUUAAGUGUGCUAACUGGCAUAAUUCAAGAUAUCUAUAAGUGUGUAAUGAGUUUUGGUGCAGUUUAUAUUAUGCUCUCUUGCCUAAAAAGAUUGUAUCCAACCGCUAUCGCUGCACAGCCCACACUUUUACUUUAGAGCCUGAACGCCGCGGGAUCACUCACCUUCAUCACGAUUGCUCCGUCUGUAAAGUCACUCCGCGUAAUCUCAGACACGCUGGCCUGUAGUCAGUCACCGACUCCAAAUCUGAUACUUAUGACCCCAGACAGCAACAGUACACGCUCCUUGGAGUAUGCAACACAAACUUGA